ACGUGGCUGCCGCUGCCAUAUUCCGGGCGCUCGGUAACGCUGUGGAGUUGCUCUGCUUUCGUGCACAGUUGUCAAUUGUGGUGUUUACGGCCGUUAGGUGUUUUUUUCCGGUUAAAACUGGUAUUUUAACGCCUGUAAAGAGGCCCCCUGACGUCGCGAAAAUGCUCCAGAUUCUCAGAGUUUGUUUAGGUGGCAUCAUCAUUAAUUGAGAGCAUGAUGGAAAUGAAAGCAAGUCAUUCUCUGGAUCAACAUGUUCUUUGCAGAGUAGAAAGGUGCUGUUGGCUGCAGCUGUUUGCACCAAGGCUGGGAAGGCAAUUGUGUCACGCCAGUUCGUGGAAAUGACAAGGACCCGAAUUGAAGGCUUGUUGGCAGCAUUCCCUAAACUAAUGAACACUGGGAAACAGCACACAUUUGUGGAGACAGAGAGUGUGCGGUAUGUUUACCAGCCACUGGAAAAACUCUACAUGGUGUUGAUCACAACCAAAAAUAGUAACAUCCUGGAAGAUUUGGAAACACUCCGUCUAUUCUCCCGAGUGAUUCCAGAGUAUUGUAGAGUUCUGGAAGAGAGCGAGAUAUCAGAUCAUUGUUUUGAUCUUAUCUUUGCCUUUGAUGAGAUUGUGGCACUGGGUUACCGUGAGAAUGUCAAUCUAGCCCAGAUCAGAACAUUCACAGAAAUGGAUUCCCAUGAAGAGAAAGUUUUCCGUGCUGUUCGAGAGACACAAGAGCGUGAAGCAAAAGCGGAAAUGCGCCGAAAGGCAAAAGAAUUGCAGCAAGCUCGCAGAGAUGCAGAGAGACAAGGCAAGAAAACUAGCUUUGGCUUUAGCAGUGGAGGAAUCUCAAGCAGCUCUGCAGCUUCCAUGAUAACAGACACCAUUGUUGAACCAGAGAAGCCAAAGGUGACACCAGCAGUAAUGAGGGCUGAUGCAGCAGGUCUUGCGUAUGAAGCUGGUUUAUAUAUAAUCAGACCUUCUGGUCCAAGCAAAGCCUUAAAACUUGGAGCAAAAGGAAAAGAUGUGGAGAAUUUUGUAGAUAAACUGAAAUUGGAAGGAGAGCAAAUCAGUUCCUCAACAAAACGUUCAUCAGAAGUGGCUAAAGUGCUGUCACCUCCCAUUAACGUAGAAAGUGUACAUCUGAAGAUUGAAGAGAAGAUAUCAUUGGUAUGUGGCCGUGAUGGUGGUUUGCAAAACAUGGAGGUACAUGGCAUGAUUAUGCUGAGAGUUACUGAUGAAAAGCAAGGAAGAAUUCGUCUUCAAGUGGAGAAUGAUGAUAAAAAGGGAAUUCAACUGCAGACUCAUCCAAAUGUAGAUAAAAAGCUUUUCACUACAGAGUCAUUGAUCGGCUUAAAGAAUCCUGAGAAAUCGUUCCCUCUGAAUAAUGAUGUGGGCGUCCUGAAGUGGAGAUUGCAAACUACUGAUGAUGCCUUUAUUCCCCUUGCUAUUAACUGUUGGCCUUCUGAGAGUGCUACCGGCUGUGAUGUAAAUAUUGAGUACGAGUUACAGGAGAGCAAUCUGGAACUAAAUGAUGUUGUUAUCGCCAUCCCUCUUCCGGCUGGUCCUGGGACUCUAUUAAUUAGUGAACUGGAAGGCGAGUAUCGCCAUGACAACCGGAAAAACUUGCUUGAGUGGUGCCUGCCAGUCAUAGAUGCCAAAAACAAAUCUGGUAGCAUGGAAUUCAGUUUUCCAGGACACCCCAAUGAUUUCUUUCCAAUCCACGUGUCAUUUGUGUCCAAAAAGAACUACUGCAAUAUACAGGUGAGCGGAGUAAAUCAUGUUGACAGCAACAGUCCAGUGAGGUUCUCUCUGGAAACCAUGUUUUUGGUUGACAGAUAUGAAAUACUGUAAAAUCAACACUCAAGAAAUAUCCAGAGAACCCAAGAGCAGGUAUCACUGAGCUGCGUACAAGAACAGAGACCAUAAACUUCAAAAAUAAAAUUGCACAGUGUAUAGGGGGAAGUUUCUAAAUGCUUAAAGAGCAAUGUGGUUUAUUAUCUAUUGUCCAAACAUGCUGACUAUUCUCAGAUCACAAAAGGAGUUUGAUAUUAAUACUUUAAUUAACCAAGUAAAUGUGAUUUUGUUUUGGAAGGAGGGGGUGGGAGGAAUGACAUUAGGUAGCAUUUGCAGCAUCUUGUAUGUCAACCACAGCACCCCUUAUUCCCUAUUGUAUUGCCUCAUUGGCUGUAAUUAUCAUUUUAGGCCUAUUUUUGUUGAGUUAGUAUUAAGGUGAAGUGAUUUUUUUCCUUUUUUUUUGUUCCUUGAUUUGGAUGAAAACAUGAUCAAAACAAAUUUUGUAACCCUGUAAAGUGUAUUGAGGGAAUAUGACAACAUUCCAAUGUAAAA